CUUGCCUCUCUCGCCCUCGGUCUUGUUCUCAGCGUUUCACACAUACACACACUGGCCAUAUUUCCAUUCGCGGUGGGUUCAGGUACUCCCGGAAACAUCAGCAUUCCAUUGCUUUAUCAGAGACAGAGCAAUUUCAAGUUUUAGUUCCUGUCCAUCCUUAGUUGGAGGUGAAUAUACAGCCGCUAAAUAUGUUUGAGAAGUGAACAGAUAAACUUUUUUGUUGUGUCUGCCUGAACUAGAACAACAUGAAUAGCGUGGUUUUAUUUUUCAAACUUUUUAUUGUGUGACAAUUAGUUAUUCUAGUUUAAAUAAAGACUGAAAAAUAUAAUUAUUAAUUUGCAUUAUAGCCAACGGGUGUUUAACAAACCCAUCGUAGGCUUUUAUUUUGUUUUGGUCGUCGGUUGGUUUCUGAGCUGCGGCAUUUCCGAUUGCCCCUGAAGGCAGCACGAGGGAAACGAUAGGAGACGAGAAACACGCAGAGAGAGAGAGAGAGAGAGAGAAACAGAAAGAGGAGAGUGACAGAGAAGAACCUGUGCUCUUCUACAGCACCGGGAGACAAGAAUUCACCAGAGAUCACAAUUUCUUUCUGUAUUUUUUUUUUUUUUUUUUGACAAACUUAGUUCGGGUUUUCUCUCCUCUUUUUGUUGCUGUCAGUGUGCGAAUAGAGUGGACUCCCUGUCUCUGUGUUCGUGUAUCUCUACUGGAUCUUCACUUCUGAGGCUGUGUACAGUUUUGGUUUUGGAGAACUGCACCGGUUUUGUUUUUUCCUGCGAGGUUUUCUGAGCCGAGUGCUGCUUUAACUGGUCCUGUGAUGAAAAUAUCAUUGUGACAUAUGUGUGGAAAUGCACUAAAAUUAAGGCUGACCAAGACAUAACAAGGAGUACAAAAAGUGGCGUGGAUCAGCAGAACCUGAGAAAAGUACCCACAAUGACUUAUCAGGACCUGAAAAAGAAACUGAUAUGUUGAGUUUUUACUGGAGAUUAUUGACUUUACUUAAGUCUUGAGAUCUGAGUGUGGCGUUUUAACUGACAGGACUGAUACAGAAAUAUAUCCCUAGAUGUACUUCUCUAGAUAGCAGUGAUUUCCAAUGUUUCUGAACCUGUGAACAACCAGGUACAAAAGGGGGUUUCAUCCAUACCAUGAAUCCUAGAGACAGCGUAGAGCUCAUGGAGACCCAAGAGAAGCUGACUGGCAAAAAAGCCAACACUGAAAGUGAGUUUGAAGGCGAGGAUGACAAAAUCCCAGAGGCAUACAACUGCAACAUCUGUGGACGCAGCUUCCCUUUCCUCAGCUCGUUCUCGCAGCACAUGAGACGCCACACGGGCGCACGCCCUUAUAAAUGUCCCUACUGCGACCACAGGGCAUCUCAGAAGGGCAACCUCAAAGUCCAUAUCCGCAGCCACAAACUGGGCACGCUGUCCAGCCACCACUCUAAUGAGGACGAAGAGGGCGGAGCGGAGGAAGAGGAGAUGAAGGUUUCCGAGGGUCUGGAUGGAGGCACCAGUCCAACUAAGAGCAGCUCUGCCUGUAACAAGAUGAUCAAUGGGGAUGUAGGAGAGGAGAGUCGAAGGAAAAUGCCUGCGCGGAGCAUGAAAAGAGAAAAGUCUGUCAGCAACCAGCGGCCGUAUUGUUGCCGGCUUUGUGGGUACGAGGCCCUGCGGGAAGACCAGCUCCUGAGCCACAUUGAGAAAGUCCACAUAACAGCAGACGCAGAAGAGGACACAGUCAUGGUUAAGGAAGAGGUCUUUGCCGAGCCUGAUACCGUCCAGCCGCAAAGCGAUGGGACAUUCCCCUGCGAGACCUGUGGCCAGGUGUUCAGCCAGGCCUGGUUUCUGAAGUCGCACAUGAAGAAACACGCCGGAAUCCUUGACCACUGCUGCCGAAUAUGUGGAAGACGGUUCCGCGAAGCUUGGUUUCUCAAGUCUCAUAUGAAAACCCACAAUACCAGGUCCAGGUCUCGCUCCAAAACAGAUUCGGCAGAGCCUCCCACCACUAUAAAUGACGUAGCACAGGAUCCCGACAUAAUGACAACUUCUGUUACAUCUGUCUAUCAGAUGUGCUCGAAAUGUGGAAACCUUUUCCACAGCAAAGAAAGCCUGAGAGCCCACGAUAAAGUUCACAGUCCUAAUUUUGGCAGAAAAUCCCCAGUUCACUGCAGGUCGACUGAUGAUGAGGAUUCACCAGCGGCAAAGAGACGUCUCCUGGAAUACUUUAACCUACAAGGUGUUGAGGAAAAGACGCCGGGUGAAGAGGAGGACAGCGAGAAAGGGACUCUUGGUCAAAGAAUUCCAGAACUAGAUCCAAUUUGCAGCUACCAGGCUUGGCAAUUAGCUACUAAAGGAAGAGUUGUGGAGCCAAUGGAGCCAAGUUACAAAGCUUCAUAUGCCGGAGGGAGCAUGGAGGAGGAAGCCCUUACCGAUGCCGCAGUGGUUUAUGAGAAGGAGAACAGCCGUUAUGUCUUGCAAGGCCAAGAAAAACGUAGCUCAGGGAGACGCAGCAGCUCAGGGUUGGGAAGCCACGCAUCUUCGGGUGACAGGACACCGGAAAGCCUCAGCGACUCAGAGUACCGCCCCUCAAGUCGUCAGGACAAACGCCGACCGUCCCAGUCACAAGCGUCUUUUUCCAAGGGCAAAGAGUGCUUCGAGUGUGGCAAGAUGUUCCGCAGCCGCCAUCAGAUGAUUGUCCACCAGCGGGUUCAUAGGAAGGAUGGCGGCAGGGCAACAGCGGGAGACAAGGAAAGAACUGGAAGGGACGAUCAGUGGGGACCCACCAGUGACCCGGAGUCCGGCUCCCCCAGCAGACCCAGCACCCCAGGGUAUGGAGAUUCCCCACCUGAGUCGACGCUUGGAGAUCAGGCCUCCGAGAUGGGAACCUCAAACUCUGGAGAAAUUGCAGAUGAAAAGCCAUACAUCUGCAGCCUUUGUGACUUUGUCACUGCAGAGUCACAGGCUUACUUCACCCAUGUUCGUGUCCAACACCAGGCUGCCUCCAAAGACAGACCCAGUCCUGUCCCCAGUCCCAGCUCCAGCUCAGACAGAGGGUCCCUCAGCAGUUAUCCAAAACUUAAGAAAGCUUUUACUCCAGGGCUAAAAACCUCUCCAAAUGCUUAUCUCUCUGCUCGUCCUCCUUCAUCCGAUCCCGCCAUGAUCCCGAUGGAUUUAUGUGUGAGAGCCAAUGGGAUCAGGGGCAUAGCCUCCGUAACUUUAGAUAAAAAGAACCUCCCAAGCCAUAAGUGCUCCUUCUGCUCUCACUCCACCCGUUACCCAGAGGUGCUCUGGAUGCAUCAAACCGUGGCUCACCGCAUCAACAGCAGUAGCUCCAAUCUGGCUCCAAAAUGGGCUAUUAAGAACAACUCUAAGACCUCCAAAGACAGCUCUUCGUCCUCAAAGAGACGCACCGGACCUCCACCUGUACUGGAAGGGAAGGAAUGUCAGCCGCUCUCUCCGACGGUGCGGAGCCAGCGGACACGGCCUCCUACCUGCACCAAUGAGGUUGUAAAAAAGAGCAGGCCGGUCAGUCACGCAGACACCCCGUCAUCAUCUUCUACACCUUGUACGCCGUCCUCAAGAAUCUCUUCAUCCGCAUCUGGCAAGCAGGUUGGGAGAGUCCCCGUUCGGCCAGUCAGCAGCAGCAGCAGCACCAGUAAACGUAUGGAGGACCAAAGUCAGCGCUUCAGACCCAAGAUGGAAAUCUAUCCUCGUAUCAGCGCUCAGGCACCUUCUAGCUCUUUGGAGAAGAACACCGGGAGCCGCUCUCGACCGCCUGCAUCAGGCCUCAGUUCCUCUGCACCAUCCAGGAUGGCAGACCGCUACAUGAUGCCUCAGGAGGGUCUGGGCUUCAUGCUGUCUAAUCAACACAGCCUCUCAGAGUACAGCCAAGCCCGGGGCUCCCCUCAGCAACCGCUUACCGGUUCCCAAAUCCACAGUCGGCCAACUUCUUCAAGACCCAACGCCAUCAAUCACUGUUUGCCCACAACAACGCACAACUACGGCGUAUCCCAGACACAGGGAGCCGUGGCGCAGGCCUCUUCCUCCCCAUCAUCAUCUUCGAUACCAUCAGAGAGCCGCAGGGAUGUGAAGCAAGAGCCGAGUGCAGAGACACCAGACACCUCAACCGACGUCCUGGGCUACCUGAAGAAAUACAACCCGCACAGUCUGGCUCCUUUCUACCACCACUGGAGUGCAGCCAACUCUCUGAUGGACCCCACAGGGAUGCUGAGGUCUCUCAUGCGGCCGGGCCAGUGCUUCUGCCGCGAGUGCGGGAAGAGCUUCAGCCAGCCGAGUCACCUGCGCACGCACAUGAGGUCCCACACAGGGGAAAGGCCAUUCUGCUGCCAGCUCUGCCCAUACCGAGCAUCCCAGAAAGGGAACCUAAAGACGCACGUGCAGAGCGUCCACCACAUGCCUUUUGACAACAGCCAGUACCCCGAUGCAAGGAGCUCGUCUCUGAGUCAGGAGGAACGGAAACCAGUGGCUGCCAAACACGUACCAAAUCUGCAGUGACCCCGACGACAGACCUUACUGUGAUUGACUGGACGCGGACGACUCCUGAAACCCCAAAUCUGAACCAAGACUCUCGAGAGACUCACGAUUCUGGAGGAAUGAAGGUUCUUAACUGGGUUUUUUUUUCUUUUGCAAAAAGGCCUGCCAAGAUAUGUAAAAAUUACUUUAAAAAAAAAAAAAAACAUGAAUCAGAAAAGAAUUUCUGACGACGACAUGAAAAGACGUACAAGCUGAAAUGAAGAUUGAAAAAUCUUAAGUGUCUUCUCAACAAAUUUUAAAUCUUUUGCAAAAUUUCGGUCAUCUUUUGGACACAAUGUUUGUGUCAUUUCAAGAAUUUGUGAAUCUUUUUUUUUGCUGUUGUUGCUGUCAGAAUUAAGAUCCCGCUCUUGCUUCUGUGUUUGAGGUGUAAAGUUGCCAAGUGCCACUUAAAGUAACGAGUCAAGGGUCUAUAAAGACGCAAAAAGUUAACUCAUACGGAGCUGGUUUAAUCAAAAACAGUGGAAGUACUUGAUGGCCACCGUUGUCCUUCAAACACUCGCUGUUUGGCUUCGUUGUACAUGAGUGUGGACAAAUCGACAGCAGAAGAGGAUGCCCUCUGGAUUCGAAUUCAGAGAAGGACAAAUCACAAUCUGCUCACCACAACUUCUUCACUGCAGGAAACUCGCUGCUUAGAAGCUGCAGGGAGGGGCAGGAGGAGAAAGGAAGAACGAGAGAAAGCUAAAGGUGAUGUGAGCUUAAGUGCUCAUUAAGAACAUAAGAAGGAAAGAUGUGUUUUUAAUAGCCGAUAUAAAUGAGCAUCCCAUUUUUAAGGCCAUUCAUUUAUUGUCCAUUUACAACAAAGAGUUUUCCGUUAUAACCUGUUCAUAAAACAAUUUCUGGCUCCAAAUUAGGCCGAGCCUUCAUCAAGAGUAGCAGGGAGGAGUUGGCCCCAAAUUUUAUUGCACUGUGUGCACUUGGAAAAAAUAAACAAAAAAGAAAUUGGUACUAUUGAAAAAAAAAACUCUCAAACAACAUGCACUUGGACUUUUCUGCGUAUUCUUUCGCACAAUGAUCUACGUAAUGACAUCAUGGUCAUAAUCUAGUUAGCUGGGUUUUAAAACAAAACACAUUUUCAUCUGGUGAUUUGCGCCAUCAAGUUUGGAGAAACGCAGCGUUGAUGAAUUUGCUGGUUAUAUGAGACCUGACAUAACCUGGUUAUACUGGGAAGGUGGCAAGUAGUGACAAGAUGUGAGCUUACGUCAAAAGUAAAGAAACUGGACAGAAAAUAUUUAAUACAGGAGAAGAACAAUCUGAAAACUAACCACCAGUGAAAGCUUUAAGCUUCUAUGGUAAAACUAUUAAAGUUCAAUCAGUUAAUGUUGGUUAUUUCAGGAAACAUGGUAUUUCUGUUUGUAACGGUUAAACUAGAGAUGCACCAAUUAAUGAAAGGAUGCAUGUGAAAUUUUCAAUAUACACAAUUUUGUACAUACAUUCAGAACGUUUUCACCCUUCCUGGCGUUAUCGAUUCCUCAAAUAAGGAACGGACGUGACGGAUGAAAACAAAGAUCAAAUGAUUCCACAGUUAUUUAGCACCAUAUGAUUGAAGACCGAAUGCUUUUUCAAAACCUGUAAGUGCUCACUGAUACUGAAGUUAGCCUACUUUGAAAUUUCUUCCUUUUGGUAGUAACUUCCACACCAAAGAGUGUUGUUGCUGCUGAUGAACAGUGGAGGACGGUCCCAGUUAUUCAGUGCAUCUCUAUGGUAGAUACAACUCAGUACCAUUCAACCCCUACAUAAACUGUUUUGUUCAAUUUUACUUUCAACUGUGCCUCAUUUGCGAUAUAAAAAAAAAUAAUAAUUUUUUUUUUUUUUAGCUAAUGUCAACAUGAGAAAUGGGCACUUGCACAAGCAUGCCAGUCCAUAACCAGAUGUUGAAGAUUUGAAGAGAUAACAGAGCCAGUCUCCAAUGCUGUCGGUCCCAUUCUGUGAAUGGUGAUGUCUAGAUCUGUAUUCUGCUGAUAGGAGGUCAGAGGUCAGGAGAUGAGAUUUCUUGGGACUUUGGGGAUAUAUACAUCAGGAGUUGGCUUGUUUUGAAGCCCUCGGAGACAUAGAGCUGUCACAGCCUUAACGGGGGUUAGUGUGGGUUUAGAUUGUCACCUUUCCAAACCUUCUAUUUUCUACAUUUCCGUCUUGAUGUUCUUUAUACUGUCCUACCUCCUUCGCAGUGAAAGCCUGUUAAAAGUUUAUCGCAAUGAAGCUGAACUCAUUAGCUCUGCUCGCUUUUCACCCUUAAAACAAAAUAUAUAUAUAUCCCUCACUUGAAAUCAGGCAUGCCUGGAUGAAACGAGGAAACGACAAAAGCGAAAGCAGCUCCAGACUUUUCAAAGCCGACUUCCUGGACUGAGAAAUCUGAACGGUAAAGCUAACGAAAAGGCGUUUUGUACUCGUUUCAAAAUGGCAGUACUUUUUACAUGCUUGUAGGUUGUCCUUGUUUUGCAAUGCAUACAAUGCCAUGUGCUUGAAUUUGCCUAAUUUAUACACACGUGUGUGUAUGCGUGCGCGUGUUUGCGUGUGUGUACAGAAGGCGCGGGUAGUUAAAAUACUUGAAACGGAUCCUCUAGCCUUUGGGGGUAGUAUAGUACUAAAACCAAUGUUGUACAGAAUUCCCUUUAAGAUUAACUCCUCAGAGUUUGUACUCCAAAGUGUGACUUAGAAAACUGUAAAGCGGGAGUGAGUGUGUUUAAAAACAAAGUGUAUCUGUAAUCCACUUUUACCAAACCCUUUAUAAGCAGCAGUAGAAACCAAAUGGCAUUACUAGUGCACUUAGGCUAGGUUAGCGCUUUAACUAGUUUCAUUUGUCUCUACGUACAGUUAAGAUCUCUUUAAGAAUGUCUCCCUUUUUUAUUUUAAUUGGUGCCAGCUAACAAACUUCAGUGUCAGUCUUGAUAUAGAUGCUUCUUUGGGGGAUGUUUUUUUUUGUUAAAAUGAUUCCAGAUAUUCCAAUGAUUAGAAAAAAAUAAUAAUAAUGAAAUAAAGAUUUAUCACAUGACGGCUGUACAGCACAGCUUUUUUAGUGUGUUCUCUAUGAAAAGAUGGAUGUUGCUAGCUACAGCUGUGCUUUUUUAAACAAUUUUGUCUUUUUUGUUUUUUUUUAUUUUGGAGCUUAUUUUCUCUAAACUGUAGGAUUUAUUCAUUAGCUAGUCAAAGCAGACACCCCAGAGGGACUGGCAGGUGUUUCUUUUUGGUUGUUUUUUUUUUCUUUUAAUUUCCAUGCCUAUUAUAUUGUGUUAUUUUUGUCUGUAUUGCUGUUUUUUUUUUAUAUAACUUGUUUUGGUCUAUGAUUAAUUUACCCUAGGAAACAUUAUUAUUCCAAAUGUACUUGGUUGAGAUCUGUAUUUAUUAUCACUUCAAAAACGAUGAGAGGACAGGAGCGAGACGGGGUUGUUUGUUUUCAUUUGAUUUUUCCAGGUUGUUUUUUUUUUCUACCGUGUAGUUUUGUUUUGUCUUGUUUUUGAAGCCAGCAAGCCGUCGUGGAAGCUCUACCUCGUCUGAGCCAUUCUCAGUUCUGUUACACUUUUGUACAUCAUUUCAGAAAGAUGUAACAUCAUGUCCACAAUAAAGAUCAAUACACAAAUA